AUGAAUGAGCACCUUUCUCAAUGUCCAAUUUACAUCAGUGAAAUUACACUCCUGAGGCAAACGGAAUGUUCAUCAUUGAGCUUCAUACAACGAUGGUGCGAAUACGACAGUAUGCUGCGCUCACCCGAGGAACUGAAACGACACAAGGAAUUUUCAAAGUGUGAAAAUAUAUUCUAUUCUCUCGCUCUGAUAAUAAACUUCAAAUCGGUUCUUGUCUAUAAACCACAAGUUCCAUCAAACUUCGCUGACAACAGAAAAUAUCGCGGGCAACAAUUUUAUGCUCUUGAAUAG